AUCGCACAAGUUUUCAGUUUUAUUGUUUGUUUAUUGGAGGUUUAUUGCCAUGUUUAUUUGGUUCCGUUCAUUUCAAGUUCGUUCGUUCACUUCGUUCUCUCGUCUUCGUCUCGAGCAUGGGGAAAGGACUAGUCCUUGGGAAAGGAUAAUAAAAAUAUAUGUUGAAGGAGUUGAAGGACCUCUUUUUUAAAUAGGUAGUUAAAAUAUAUUAAUAAGAAUAUGGAGGACAUAAAGGGUUUGAAGUCGGUGCUGCGGUCGCUCGUGGUAUCGAGUCCGACGGAGAUGACGCUGAUGAAUCUGCUGCGGGACUUCCGCAACAUGAUGGGUGCACCACUGCCCAUCACCAAAUUUGGCUACCGAGACCCUUUACAGUUCCUCAAGGAGCGUUGCGGCGACUGCUUCUUGUUCCAGGGUGUUGGAGGCAAUCCUGUGCUGGUUCCAAUAGUACCUGAACAACUGAAACACAUUGAUUCUUUUGUACAGAAACAAAAAAUACCAUCUAAUGUAAAAUUCAAAGGAAAAAGAAGAAGUGUAGCUGAAGUAAAGGCCAAACCAGCUCCAGAUUUGAUUGCAAAAACAUUUAUGACAUCUAAGACACCAAACAUUAAUUUACCAAAUGUUGUGAAGGAGCAGCACAUGCACUUGACAAAUGAAGAGAACAGGACAAGAUGUGAUACAAGACAGAGGCUAUCCCCUCAAGUAGAUUUAACAAAUAAACAUGAACCUGCCCCUGACUUAACAAAACACAUUAAGGAUAAUAAUGGUCAUAGUGAACACAACACCACUUCAAUGGAGGCUUACAAAAACUUUCUUCGGAAGCGACUACCAAUAUAUGACAGUAGUCAGGAUUUGGACAAUGAUCAAUCUUACAGAGACAGUGACUCAGGCAAAUGUACUUCUGAAUCUGAUCCACACACUGUCUCUAGUAGCAGCAGCAGCAAAGCGGACAGACUGGAACAGCUGAAAGCCGAAGUGACACAGCUGGUGCUCGACAGCCCGGACGGAGUACUCUGCACUGACCUUAUGAAGCUAUACAGGGAGCGGUACGGGCGCGAGCUGAACUUCUCUCGGUUCGGGCUGACGAGCGUGUCGGCGCUGGCUUGCGCGCUGCCCGGCGUGCGCGUGGCGGGCGGCGCGGCCGACGGUGGAGCCCUGCGCUUGCACGACGCGCGCGCCCCGCUCGGGGGCGGAGCCCUGCGCCUGCACGACCCGCGGCCGCGUGUCCGCCGGCUCGGCGACCCGCCAUCCAGCGCCGACGCCGCGCCGGACGCUGACGACGCUCUGCCCUGGAUUGACUUCGACCCGGACGUGUUCCCGGCGGACUGCAUGUCGUUCUCGGAGAGCAUCCCGGAGGCGGACGUGAGCUCGCUGGCGGCCGGGGAUAUGCUCGAGCUCAUGCUGGGAGAGGUGUACUCGCCGAGCCACUUCUGGUUCUACCGCCUCGGAGACCAGCACCACAUCGCCAUGGAGAACAUGAUGGAUGAGAUGACCGAGUACUACGAGCGCGGCUCGGGGCGGGCGCGCUCGCUGGCCGUGGGCGCCGUGCGCGUGGGCCACUACUGCAGCAGCGUGUUCGAGCGGGACUGGCACCGCUCGCUCAUCGUGCAGCGCCUCGACACCGACACCGUCAAGGUCCGGCACGUGGACUACGGCACGGUGGACCGCGCGGCCGUGUCGGCGCUAAAGCCGCUGCGGCGCGAGUGGGCGCGGCUGCCGGCGCAGGCCGUGCGGGCGCGGCUGGCGGGCGUGCGGCCGGCCGCGGCGGGCCGGCGCUGGCCGCACGCCGCCUCGGCCGCGCUGCUGCGCCUGGUGCGCGACCGCCGCCUCGUGGGCAACGUGCUGCACGUGGACCACGAGGAGAACAUCGUAGAGCUGUUCCUGAUAGACACGUCGACGGAGUGCGACGUGCGCAUCGACCUGGAGCUGAUCCGCGGCGGGCACGCGGACCCGCGCGGCUCGGCGGUCGGCGCGGGGGCGGAGGGCUACCUGUUCCCGCGGUUCUCCGCGCUCGAGAGCGGCGCCACGCCCAACUUCGCCGACAUCAGCGCCUACCUGCGCGACGGCAUCGCGCUCGAGUUCGUGGACGAGUACCGCCGCCACGUGCCCAGCCUGCUGGAGCCGCCGCGCCUCGACACCCGCGUGCCGCAGUUGGCGCCGGCCUCCCCGCCAGCCUCCGACGCUAGCUCGGGCUCCGGCCGCCUCGAGCUAGAACCCGCGGCCCCUGCCGAGCCCGCGGUGCAGCCGCCGGCGCCGGCCCGCGAGCCCGACGCCGUGGCGGCCGUGGCCCCGUCGGCGCGGCCCAGCCGCGGGCCGGCGCUGCGCGUGGCGCCGGAGCCCCGGCCGCCGCCGCCCCCGUUCCUGCCAUACGCGCCGCCCUACCCCGCGCCCGUGCCCUUCCUGUUCCCGCCGUCGCCACACGUGCCCCCCAUGCCUAUGCCGCACAUGGCCCCGAUGCAUCCGAUGCCGCCCUACCUUUCGUGUUCGAGUAUGUCACUGCACUCGGCCUACGCUUCGCAGCCCUGUCCCCCGCGGCCCCCCGGAGCGUUCGGCGGUGCCCCCGCUGUCCCCGAGUGCCGAGACUCUCCGUUCUCCCCCGGCCAUAGGUCGUCCCCGGCGCUGGGCGUGAACUCGCCGCCGCCGCCGUACUCGGGCGCGCCGCGCCAUAUCAAGACCGGGCAGGGCGAGGUGACGCUGUCGGUGUCCGAGUGCGAGAUCUUCUCGCUGCUCAGCAGCGUGGAUCCCAACGCGGCACACUGGUACAUGGUGGACGCGAUCAGCCGCGCCAUGGGCUCGUGCUCCACGACGGACGCCAGGCGCGCGCCGCGGGCCGCCCCGCCCUCGCAGCUGAACCCCGAGGCGUGCGAGUUCCGCCUGGCGGGCGCCGCCGGCGUCACGCCGCCGCCCGGCUUCGACUGAGGCGAGCGCCCGCCGAGUGUUGAGCGUUUCGUUCUUGAUGUGUCUCAUCAUAUUUGUUUACGAUUGAAGUGCGAGUGAUUUUAAGCUGUCUGAACGUGAUCCAACUGACAGACCGACAAGCGCUGUAACCACAGUGUAACUGUGCCUACCUCUCGAUUGUAUAUUAUAUACCUUACUUGGAUACGUGAGGUUUAAGAGUAGUUUGUAAGCGUAUAUUGUGAUUACCUACCUUUGCAGGGAAAAUGCUAAAAGCACUUGCAGUUAUUUUUGCAUUUUUUUAAUUAGAAAGUUCUACUAAAGACUAAGUACACUUGCUUUUAAGAAUCUCAAGUAUUUUUGUAUGUAAGCGACAUGUGUCCGCGGGAGGCCCGCGUUGCUAUGCAUAGUGCAGAGCAUGUCACGUUUAUUUCUGAACUCCUUGUUAUGUUUGAUAAAUAAAUAUAAACCUACAAAUAUAUUUUUCUUCCAUUAAUUGUUAAAGAUCUAUUUCUUAAAAAUCAAAAGAAAAUUGACAUUUGAUGAUUGUACAACUACUCAUAAGUUUGACUUGAUGAUUCUGUGAUAAUAAUAAACCACUUGUUUGGGAAUAAAUGUUCACAAUUAA